AUGGAUUAUCUAUCUAUCUAUCUAUCUAUCUAUCUAUCUAUCUAUCUAUCUAUCUAUCUAUCUAUCUAUCUAUCUCAUGUUGUCUGUCUGUGUGUCUGUCAACAGGCGACUGCGGAGGAGCACAUAAUAACUCCGGUUACAGAUGAUAAUAUAGCGUCUACUUCAAACUCUGCUUUGCUCUCUUCUGCGUGCCGUGGCGAUGACCAACCCGGCAGCUCUGCAAAGGCUGCAAAAACACCCAGGCGAGGCAACCUGAGCAGGCGUUCUAAAAAAGCCUCACCGGCUAAGGGGAAACAGGAGCAGGAUUCCAUUGAGUGCGCCUCCUUGGGGGAGAAGCGGCUAGCGUCUACUUCGACCUCUGCUUUGCACUCUUCUGAGUGCCUUGGCGAUGACCGACCCGGCAGCUUUGCUAAGCGUGCCAAAAUACCAUGGCCAGGCAACCUUAGCAGGCGUUCUAAAAGAGCCUCUGCGGCAAAGAGAAAGCGGGAGGAGGAAACCGAGGUAGAGGCCUCUUUGAGGCUUUCUAGUCAAUCUCAACGGAGGCAGUAUGUUUUGUCACAUGAAACGAUUGGUGAGCGUAACUACUGUAUGUACUGCAAAUCGGUUUACACAUAUUCGUUGAAAAGUAAGAGGAAACUACCUAAAGGCUUGCAUGACAACAAAAAAGCGGCUUCAUCACAAGCGCUUUUGCGGUCUCUUUUGCCGCAUCGAAAAGCUACUCGCAAUGCAGCCGACGCCGCUGCAACUUCCAUUCGACGGUCCCCGGAGACCACAGCUGAGAAAACCGCACGUAACGAAGCUAAAGCUGCGGCAACGCCCAUUCGACGGUCCCAGGAAUCCAUGGCUGAGAAAACCGCACGCCAUGCAGCCGACGCCGCUGCAACUUCUGCUGCAAGGGCGUCGGAAAGUUCUGCGCAAAAGCGCACAAGGCGGCAACGCGAUGCAAUUUCAACUUCCGCUGCUAGACCUGUAGAAGGACCUACUGAAAGACUUGAAAGGUUGCAGACUGUUAACCAGCGCCGCCAUGCACAGCCAGGGCUCUGUAGCCCACCAAAGCAGUUUUGGUUUAAGCUGGCGUUCAACUAUGAGCCAAAAACAAGCACUUCGUUAGUUUUUCUGCGGAUACACCAAUGGAUAUGGUACGCAAAUACCAACCCCGACCGAUUACGGCGUUCUUCAAAAUCGAUGUGCGAGACCCCUUCGUGCAGCAAAAAAUCUAUAAAAAGCUCCGGUUCGACCCAGGCCAUCAGCUGUCAGUCUUUGACUUUUUUUCACGCCCAGGCUACAAUUAACGUCAAAUGUCGAUUCAACUUCCGACAUUUACGGCGCCAAUUUGUAACGGAGACAGAUUUUCAAUUUGAACUCAGGCUUUCAAAAAAUUGGUAA